AAAUGAAAUCAUCAAAUGUCAAAUGUCAAAAGAUUAACAUACAAAAAAUCUUUGCAAUUCCUUUUAUUUAUUUAAAUGUUUUUUCAUGUUGAGAAAUUUACACAAAGUUUUGCUAAUUUAAUUCUCCGUUGUUUUUUGGUGUAAUGAAUGUCGUUCUGCAAAUUAAAUUAGUUUAUACUCAAGACAUUACUUGCCAGAUAUAUCGUAGGAUACGCAGGCUCUGCAGAACAGAAUAAAGAAGAAAAUGUCUUACAGUCAACAAAAUUACAUGGAAGGUGUACCAGUGAAAAUUUCCGAGAAAUACAAACCACCACCAAAGAUUUCAUUACCACAAAGUAUCGUCCAACGAUUACUGUCAUCCGAUGUCCUCGAACAAACAAAAUAUGAUUUCAAUUUGGAACGAAAUGUUUUGGUAAAAAUUGCCGAAUUGAAGAGUGUACGGAAUCGUGAUCAAACUGAACGGCGAGAGAGAAUGCGUCAACGGCAGCUGGAACGACAACAAAUGGUAGACGAACAACAAAAGCAAUUGUUAACUGCUGUUUCGUAUCCGAGUGCAGAAGAUUUGUCGGAUGAUGAACCGGAGCACCAAAACGAACCAAAACGUUCGCAUGAACCAGUCGCUGGAUUUAGUUCACCGAACUUCGACACAAUUCUGAUGCCAACUGUGAUACCCGGCCAUGAAUCAACCUAUAGUAAUCCGUUGACGAGUUUCAGUCACUUAAACAAUGCGUAUCGAUCAGGAAACACCAACAAAAUAAAUUAUUCGGAUUUCGAAAAUGACACGUCCAGUCCGUUUGACAACGUCGAGCUGAAGACCAUCAACGAUCUCGAUAUCUUGGCACAAGUGUUGAACCUUUCCACAUUACAGUCGCAUGAGACAACUACACCGGAAACGUCAACGGAGUCUACCAGUAGCGACACAACACCGAUCCAACAACAUGCGGUUCUACCGAAUGACAAUACAGAGGAUCCGAACGGUAGUGUAUAUCCGCAACAAAUAAACGGUGCAACAAAUAUUAGUUACGGUUCGGUUGCCAAUCGAACGGAACGCCUAACCGAAUUUCCACGUUAUGCUAGCACCUAUCAGUCGAACGAGAAUUAUUUCAAUUUCGAUAAUCGAAACAACCAACAAACUCAACACUUAACGAAUGCUGUCGAUGUUCUGCCAGCAACAACAGUCAUACCAAAUAAUGAAUUUUACUGCAAUUACAAUAGUCCAACGUAUAAUCUGACGAAUCACAACUACAACGUCCAUGUCGGUUACAAUAUGAACAAUGUCGAUGCAGCGAUAACAACAUACAAUGCGGCGUCAAUGGUGACCGGUCAUUUGGAAAAAUCUAAAUCGAAAAGUGUGCCCGAUAUUCUGAAAGAAUUGAACGAUGAAUUGAGUAAUUCGGAAAUGAAAAGGCAACGGAACAAUAGUCAAUCAAUUGCUAGUCCUACCGAUGAUUACGAACCAAUAAGUGCAUCGCCACCGAAACAAGUCACGAAAUUCGAUGCUGCAUUCCAUAAUUUACCGAUUGCAUCGCAGAAAUUGAUCAAAAACAUCAGUUCGAUGGGGUUCGAUCACAAUCGCGUGAGGAGAAUAUUCGAUAAGCUCGGAAGUGAUGAUAAAAAGAUUGUUGAGCAUUUAAUUCCGCUGUGUGAGUUAUUAGAAUUAGGAUUUGAUGAAACGAAAAUAUCGGACGCACUGAUUCGGUUCGAAAAUGAUAAGGACAAGGCAUUAGACUAUUUGAUAUCAUAGUACUUAGUCGCUAGAAGCAACCGUUUUUCCUAUAGCAAAUUCGUGAAAGUAUACACAAUAAAUAUGCAAAAAAACACUUACCGUUCAACUGCUUACAGCAAAUUAUUUUCAUUUUUUAUUUUGAAAGAAAGAAUGAAUUCUAAAUAAAGCUACCAACAAUUUGUAUAUAA